AAUGGUUUGUGUUACAGAUUCAUAAUUUGCGAAUUGUGCUGGCAAAGUGACAGAUUCGUUUUAAAAUAAAUUUGGGCAAUGGCCAGUUCUUUUGUCAUGACUGCCUUGCAAACAGGAGAUGACUGUCAAACUAAUGACACAAAUAACUGUUUUCCGAUUGAAUCAUUACGAUUCCCAUUAGAUAGUUCAAUGCGGAUUGUUUUUACUGGCUACUAUAAUGGAUUCAGUGUCGAGGUGAGGUCUGCAGAUGAGGUGGCCUUACUGUAUCAUAUGGGAUGCUUUGGCAAAGGUUCGGCGUCCCGUUCGAAGCCAAGGGCUAGCCACAAUGAUGGCAGCCCCUGUAUAAUGCGCAAGAGGCAAUUCCUCAAGCGAAACUACUGGUAUAAAAAAUUUGGGGGGCCUAGGAAAUGUUCGGAAGCAGAUACUUUUCUGAAAGAGAUAGAAGAACUGAGUACUAAAAUAAAAAUUGACAGCAAUAAAAGGCAAAGGAAAGAUGUAAUUGACUUGGUAUCCAGUGAGGAAGAAAUGAGUGAAGAUAAUGAGUUUGAAAGUUCACAAAUAGAUUUUUUAAGGUUUGAUCAAAAAGAAGAUACUGUGGUCAUUGUGCCUAACAGUGAUUCUGAAGAUGAGAAUUACUUUGCCAACUUGAAACCUAAAUGUUGCAUAAAUAAGAUUAAAUUGGAGGAAAAAUUGAUGCUUACUUUACAAGAAUCAUUUUUCUUAUUGUAUGGCCUGGGUUGCCUACAAAUAGUGAAUGAUAACAAGUUGCUGAGUAUAAAGGAAACUUGGGAUCUUUUUGUUGUGACUGACAAGAACUUCAUUCCAAAAUAUGUUGUUUAUCACUACUUUAGGUCUAAGGGAUAUGUUGUGAAACCUGGUAUCAAGUUUGGAGGUGAUUAUUUGCUAUAUAAGGAUGGACCUGGAGUUAAUCAUGCAGAAUAUAUUGUAGUCAUAAGGCCAGACUCAGGGGAGGAUUGGACUUCAAUUCUGGGCCAUGUUAGAAUGGCUACCACUACAGUAAAGAAAAUCUUAAUUGUGGAAGUUAUACAACCAAUACAGGAUCUCCAAAACUUACCUGAAGACUUAAAAUUAUACCAAGUAAGGGAAACAAUAUUGUCACGGAAGAUUCCAGUUACAAUAAACAAUGAUGUCGAAUGAACAAUUUUUUUAUAUUUACACUAGCCUAAUA